CGCUCCCAGACUCUCACUUAUUUAUUUAUCUAUUUAUCCGUGACGCGCGUCCCCGCCGCGAAAGCCCGAGCGCCCUCCACUCUCUCCUCUCUUCGCUUCCUCUCCUCCUCUCGGCAGCAUCCAGAACCAUAGAGCAGCCGUCCCCAUCACUCGCUUUCCUCCCCUCCUCCUCUUUCUCUCGCCGCCAGAUCGCUCUCUCUCUUUCUGCGUCUCUCACCCCCUCACCCCCAUCCACCUCCUCAGCUCUGUCCCUCAUUCCUCUGACGCACGACAGGGAAACAUACCCGAGGAAAAAAAGAAAGGGAAAGAAAAAGAAAAAGAUAGCAGCUGACCCAGCCACAGUCGAUAUGAUCCACAGAUUCCUUCUACUGCUGAGCCGGAAAGAAACGCGGUCCUGAAACCGAGAGGAAAAUACUUGCACCCAGCUAUACCGUUGUUGAGCGCGCACCCGGGGGCGGUUGAGGAGAAGGAGGGAGGGGGGAAAGGGGUGGAAGGGGAAGUGGACGGACACAAGCCGAGGACUUGCAUUUUAAGCAAACUGCUUUGAGAGGAAAAAAAUGUAGAGGAGAAAGAAGGGGAGAGAGUCAGAGUAACCGGAGAGUGAGAGUGGCAGAGAUCGCAUUCCUAUCACGUCUUCAUUUCUCCUCUCUUUUGCCUCAGCCACUGAGAGAUCGAGAGAGAAGAAGAAGAAGAGAGGGAGAGAGAUAGAGAGAGAGGGAAAGGAGAGGAGGGGAGAAGGAGAUCUAACAAGAUUCAAACUAGUGGUCUUUCCCCGAUGCUUUGCAAUUGCAACGGUUUCGUGUGUGUGUGUGCGCGAAGAGGGCAUAUUCUCUGUUUUUGUCGGACUCCGGGCAUCGGACGCUGAGCGGGACGCACCGGGCAACAACAGGACACAUUGCAGGAGGAUAUGUGAAGUUGGAAUCCUACUAAACUAAUGUUGUGAAGUGGCUCUGUCCCUGGAGCCAAGACUUCAUCCCUUUGGUGUCAGCAAGGAUGCUGUGGGUUACCUUGCUGAGCACCAUAGCCUUAGGAUGGACCACGCCGAUCCCACUACUGGAGGACUCAGAGGAGAUCGACGAGCCCUGCUUCGAGCCCUGCUACUGUGAGGUCAAAGAGGGCAUCUUCCACGUCCACUGUGACAAUAAAGGAUUUACAAAUAUCAGCCAGAUCUCCCAGAUAUGGAGCCGGCCCUUCAAGCUCAACCUGCAGAGAAACUCCAUGAGGAAGCUUUACUUUAACAGCUUCCUCCACCUUAACAAUGCCAUAUCCAUUAAUCUGGGCAACAACGCCUUGCAAGAUAUUCACGCCGGAGCGUUCAAUGGUUUAGGAAUACUCAAACGGCUGUUCCUGCAUGAAAACAAACUAGAAGUUUUCCGGAAUGACACUUUCCUGGGCUUGGAUAGUUUAGAGUAUCUCCAGGCAGAUUACAAUGUUAUCAAAAGGAUUGAAAGUGGUGCAUUCAGACACCUUCACAAAUUGAGAGUACUUAUAUUAAAUGACAAUCUGAUCCCUGUGCUCCCAAAUUAUCUUUUUCGGUCUGUGUCACUCACACAUCUGGACUUGAGAGGAAACAGACUAAAGACAUUGCCAUACAAGGGCACACUGGAGUAUAUUGGGAGGAGCUUAAUGGAAAUCCAGCUAGAGGAGAACCCCUGGAACUGUGUCUGUGAAAUUGUCCAGUUAAAAACAUGGCUGGAGAGAAUUCCCUAUACAGCUUUAGUGGGUGAAAUCACAUGUGAAUAUCCCUUCCACUUACAUGGGAAAGACUUAAGGGAAAUCAAACGCAGUGAGCUCUGUCCUUUGCUCUCGGAUGCAGAGAUAGAGGCCAAGCUGGGAAUUCCCAGGAUUCCAUUCAGCAAUGAGAACACAUGGCCUACUAAACCUUCCUCAAUGCUCUCCUCCUUUCACAACACAGCCUCUUCUGUGGAAUACAAGGAAAGAGUUGUAAAACCCACCAAACGACCUCGGCCCACAAAGAACCCCCCAACUCCUCGUAGCAUCUACCCAGGCAUCAACCAGCCCCCAAUUGCAGGUUAUCAAACAAGGCCUCCUAUUCCAAUAAUUUGCCCUGCUGGAUGUAUUUGCAAUCUUCAUAUCAAUGACCUGGGGCUAACGGUAAACUGUAAAGAGAAAAGCUUUCAUAACAUCUCAGAGCUUCUUCCACGGCCCCUCAAUGCCAAGAAAUUGUAUCUCAGUGGAAACCUAAUACAGAAGAUCUAUCGUUCUGAUUUCUGGAACUUCUCAAGUUUGGAUUUAUUGCAUUUAGGUAACAAUCGGAUAUCUUAUGUCCAGGAAGGCGCCUUUAUCAACCUACCAAACUUGAAAAGUUUAUAUUUGAAUGGGAAUGACAUUGAGAGACUCACCCCUGGGAUGUUUCGGGGGCUUCAUAUGUUGAGUUAUCUUUACUUUGAGUAUAAUGUCAUUCGUGAAAUACAGCCUCAUUCCUUUUCCCUGAUGCCAAAUCUCCAGCUGGUUUUUCUCAAUGACAACUUGUUGCGUUCCCUCCCCACUGAUGCCUUUGCUGGAACCAACCUUGCACGUCUCAACCUCCGCAACAAUUACUUCCUUUCCUUGCCCGUGCAUGGUGUACUGGAGCAUCUGACCUCAAUUGUCCAGAUUGAUCUCCAUCAGAACCCCUGGGACUGCUCCUGUGAUAUCAUUCCCCUCAAACAGUGGUUGGAAAAGCUCUCCUCUGUUAUUAUAGUUGGAGAUGUCAUCUGUAAGACACCAGAGUUUGCUUUUGGGAAGGAUCUGCGUUCACUUGAGGUUGAAGUCAUCUGUCCUGAGCUUAAAUAUUCUUCAGGCCCAUCCCCAGCUCUGCCUGGUGGGAAUGACUUCACCACAGGAAGCUCUGACAUGGGGGUGGCAGGUGGGAGAGGUGCUGUCCCACUGUCUGUCCUCAUCCUUAGCCUACUAAUCCUCUUCAUAUCUGCUGUGUUUGUGGCUGCUGGGCUUUUUGCUUUUGUUCUUCGUCGCCGGAAAAAGUUGCCCUUCCGGAAACGUUCUGAGGUAGAUCUGACAGGGAUCCAAAUGCAAUGCAGAAUUUUUGAGGACCCACCAAGGCAAAGCAGUUCCGGGAACACUGGCACACCAGAGAAACCUACGCAGAGUAUGCACACACACACCCAUGCUAGUCACACACAUGCUCAUGGCCACGUCUAUGAUUACAUCCCUCAUCCUGUGACUCAGAUGUGUAACAACCCCAUUUAUAAACCUAGAGAAGGAGAGAUAGCAGAGGAGGAGAGAGCACAGUUUUCCGAGAAGAAAGACAAUGGGAGCAGUAGCAACAGUAACUACAGAACCUUAUUAGAAAAAGAGAGAGAGUGGACCCUGGCUGUCUCCAACUCUCAGCUAAACACCAUUGUUACAGUCAACCACACCACGGCUGACAUGGCAGGAUUUCAUGAGAAUGGAGGGCUCUGCCCAACAGUGAUUGACAGUCAGAGGCCCACGCCUACUGUUGGUUUUGUAGACUGUUUGUAUGGGACAGUACCCAAAUUAAAGGACAUGCAUGUGGCGCAUGCACACCCACCAGGCAUGCAGUACCCUGAUUUGCAGCAGGAUGCACGGCUAAAGGAGACGUUGCUUUUCACAGCGGGGAAAGGUUGCUACCCUGACCCAUCCCAAAGUGAUUACCUUGAGUUGAGGGCCAAACUUCAAACCAAGCCGGAUUACCUCGAAGUCUUGGAAAAGUCCUAUCGGUUUUAACAUCUCUAGCCCAUGGACAAAAAAAAAAGACACAACGUCAACUUAUUCACUUUGCCACCCUCAAAACGAACUCACUCAAAAUCCAUGUUAAAAAAAUGAAACAAUACAAGCAUAAAAAAACCAACUUGAAAAUGCAGCA